AGUAGGAAGUGUGUAAUGCAGGUAGUAUGAUUUACAGGGUGAUUUUUUUAUGGCAUAUUUAUUAUCGGUUUUGACGUCUUGUUCAAUUGAUAGAAAAAUUCCGUAACUACUUACAAAUAUGUGGACAGUACAAACAAAAUGUUGGUAGAUAUAUUUUUAAAAUAACUGUCAGUGAACAGCAAAAACAUGAGAAAAACCUGGAAAUGUAAAAUUAUCAUCUAUUGAAAAUUAGGACUAGUGUUCAUGUGGUACAUCUUGACCCAUAAUUAUAUACACAAUAUAAGUAUUCAAAAUGACAUACCUGCGUAAUUUCAAGUGAUGCGUUCUCAAUAUGUAUUAAAUAAUGAGUAAAAGUUCAAAAAAGAGCAUAAAUUUUUGUGGAGUGUUUAUGCGAACAUUUUCCAAACGUCGUGUGACAAGAGUAUCUCUGAAUUCUGGAAGCGGCAAGUUGAUUACUUUCGCUUUGUAUCUAUUUAUUUUAACGUUAAUCCUUGUUACGUAAGUUCGACUACCUGUAUUGAUUUUUAUAAAGCUGGUGUGAAGACGUUUAGUGUUUUAUAGUCGAUGUACACAAACUAGCUAUUUUAUUUUUGAUGUAAGUUAAGCUCACGAGAGUGAGGUAAUGAAUAAACGGGAGUUUAAUUUCUUUGAAACAAAAAGUUAUUUAAAGCCUUUUUUUCUUGGUGGAAUAAUGGAAAAAAAGAUUUUCUUGUAAGGUUAGGUAGCGUUUGUUAAAGAACAAGUCAUAUAAGUGUGCGCAUUCGAGUGUAAAGGCAUUGUUAUAUUUUUUUUCUCCCGCGACAGUGAUACAAUAAGCGAAGCGAACACGAAGCGAGGUUCCGGUUGUUUCGCCUUGAGCCUCGCGAUUGGUCGCGGCCUGUCGGGGCGAGCCGGUCGCCCGGGGAAGGGGAAAAUAAGGGGGAGGGAGCGCGGUAGCAGACGACGCUGUGAAGCGAGUGAGAAAGAGAGAGAUAGAGAGAAUAAAAAUACAACCACGCACUCUAGGAAGAGAGUUCUCGCGCGUGGUUUGCCUUGCCAAGCGUGGCCGUGUGCUGCCGCGGCGCGAGUUCCCGCAGAAGGUUUUCCCACGUGCGAUGAAGGCGAAUUUCAACGAUGGUGCUCUUCAACCGAAAGGAACGCGCCGAUCGUAGGGAGCUGCUGGCCAGCAUGGAUCAGAUGGUGUUGGAGAAACCUGUCGACAACGCCGCCUUCCAGCACGUGCGGGAGAACAUCGAGGCGCUGAACGGCCGGGCGGGCGCCCACGACACGGACCUCAUCUUCCUCAAGGGCCUCAUGGACAGCCCCAUCAUGCGCUCCCUGGUCAAGGUCCAGGAUCGCCUGGAAGACUCGGUGGUGUCGGCCCAACCGCUGGCGACGGGGAACCUGGACCUCGUGGAUGAAGUCAGCGGCGCGUGUCAGCAGGCCCGUAGCAAGGAUGCCCACGAGCUGGCCAGUCUCCUGAGAAGUCCUCACGUUAAGGCUCUCCUGGAAUCCCACGACACGAUAGCGGAGAAGAGCUACGAGUCGGAGCCCAGCAACACGGACGCUCAGUGCCAAGUGUUUGACGUGCCAGUCAAUGGGAUGGCAGCUGACGCUAUAAGGAUGGUGGGACUUCGGAAGAGUCCCAAUGAACCUCUGGGUUUGACGGUGCAGGUGGACGAGUCUGGGAACUUGAUGAUCGCUCGAAUUCUGAAAGGAGGCAUGAUCGACAGACAAGGUUUGCUCCACGUGGGCGACGUGAUCCUCGAAGUUAACAACGUGUCUGUGUCGACUCCGGAGGACCUUCAGGUCGAGAUCGCGAAAGCCAAAGAGUCGGUCACAUUGAAGAUUGGACCGAGUUUCGAGGAGAAUCGUUCACAGCUGGAGACUGGACUGUGCUACAUGAGAGCCCUAUUUGAUUACGAUCCGGCAGAAGACUCAUUAUUGCCAUGCAAGGAUAUUGGGCUGCCUUUCAAAAAAGGAGAUGUUUUGCAAAUAAUGAACCAGAAAGAUCCAAAUUGGUGGCAGGCCUCGAAAGUUGGAUUGAACGGCCCUGCAGGGCUGAUCCCGUCGCUGGAACUGGAAGAGCGGCGGAAGGCUUUCGUCAAACCUGAAGCUGAUUACGUGCACAAGAUUAGCAUCUGUGGAACUAGGAUAUCCAAGAAGAAGCGGAAGACCAUCUACCGAACCAGAGAGAACCUGGAGUUCGACAAGGCCGAGCUGCUGCUGUAUGAGGAGGUGACCCGCAUGCCCCCCUUCAAGAGGCGGACACUGGUGCUGAUUGGGUCGCAAGGCGUCGGCCGCCGGACGCUCAAGAACCGCAUCAUCAACAGCGACACGGAGAGGUUUGGGGGUGUCAUACCGUUUACGUCACGUCCCCCGAGAGUGCUGGAAGAGAACGGUCGUGGUUACUGGUUCACUGAUGUCGAGACGAUGAAGGAAGAAAUACGACAGAGCAAGUUCUUGGAAAGUGGAGAGCACAAUGGCCACCUGUACGGCACCAAGUUGGAUUCCAUCCGAGAAGUCAUCAGGCAAGGGAAGAUGUGCGUCUUGGACUGCAGUCCGGCCGCCCUGAAGAUUUUGCACAACUCGUCAGAGUUCAUGCCUUAUGUAAUAUUCAUAGCCGCUCCAGGCAUGGAACAGUUGAAGCAUCUCUACGGUAUUGGUCGCGGCCUCGGGUCCAGUAGGAACCUAACUUUUGAUCGUGCAAGCUCUAUCAGGUACAGUUCACGCAGAGCCCGGACCCUGGAGUCGCUGGCCUCGUUGUAUGAAGAUGAAGAUUUGCGCGAGACUCUAGAAGAAAGUGCGUGCCUACAACGAACGUUUGAUAAGUAUAUCGACCUUGUGAUUACAAACGAAGACUUUGAUGUAACAUUCCGAAAAGUUAUUGAAGCCCUGGAGAAUCUUAGUACAGAACACCAGUGGGUGCCAGUGAAUUGGGUGUAUUAACAAAUCAUUUUGCAUUGUAGAAUCUCAGUCCAUUUUUUUUUAUUAUUAUUGAUUGGUUUCUUGUUUCAUUGUAAACCCUGCUAAAGAAACUUGUGGUGUUUUGAGCUUGUACAAACAGUGUUUCUAUCAAUACGUUGAGACUAUGCACUUGAGAAUCUCAUUUGAAAACUACUCAUUUGUGUUGGAGUGAUACAAGAAUGUAUACACACUAAUCAUUUGCCUUUGAUAUUCUAUUUUUUAUGCCUUUCGUAGCUGUGUAUUGUAGUUUUCAAACUAAGUGACAGCAACAAGCUAAAGAAGAAAAAUAAGUCUAAAAUGUGACAAACAUUGCUAACAUACAUUUUAUACUUAAAUAAAUAGAUCACAAUUACCUAUGGUGUAAGUAGUUUUUUAUCACCAAGUGCUUGUUAAAUGUAAUUUGUUUUACUUAUUUUUGUUUAUUUUUGUACUACUACAUAUAUAUUCAGCUCACAUUAAAGUUUCUAUUUCAAGAUGUUAUGUGAGUUUUCACGAUUCUUCUUGAGAUGGUUAAAUGGGAAUAAAUACGUAAAAUUUUAAAGAAAAAAUAAUGGUUAUGAAACAAUAAAUGAAAAGUAAAAAAAAAUUGUUUUGGAUUAGGCUAUGCUAAAACUUUGUAGUUAAGAACAGUGUAAUUUUGUAGUAUAUGGUUUGAUUACAAAAGUGUGUCUCCAAGUGACAUAUUAAGUAAAAUGUAAUCUAAUUUUGAUCCUCAUUAUGAUCCCAAUCAUAACUUUUGAGACUACCAAGUAUCUAGGCGUAUCAAAGAUUUGGAGUAGCACCAUCUGAUGAUACCCCACCUGCUAAAAAGUUGUGGAAGAGACAAAUUUAUAAUAUUAUAACAGCUUACCUGUGGGGCAACUUGCUAUUGGCAUGGAAAGUUUAGCCAAUGGUCAUACCACAUGGAAUAAUAAUCCCUCCUACGACAUAACUGUAGAUUUCACUCAUAUCAGUUGAAACCUUUCGAGCAGAAAAUAAUUUUUUGCAAUUCUGUUUUCUUUGUUUGAUUUCAUCAAGUGUAUUGCUGUAAUCUUAUUUAAUCAACACUUGACUUGCAGAAUAUAAUAUACUUGUUCCCUCAGGUAAAUGGAACAAUACUAUAAACUUUUUAGUUAAUGAUUUUUAUUGCUUAUUUUACAACCAAUUUUUUUGAUGAGUAGGUUGGAGUGCUGUGAUUGUGUAUUGUAAACGAUAAUGUAAGUACACACAAUAGGUAACUGGGAAUAUUUAAGGAUGAGUUUUGUAAGUAAGUAAGUAAGU